AUGGACUCCUGGACUGUAGCCAACAGGGCCUUCGCACUGGAACUAUUCCAUGCCCUGAAUCAAGAGGACCCAUCGGCCAAUCUGCUCUUCUCACCCUUUAGCGUGUCUUCAGCGAUGGCUAUGGUCUUCCUGGGCACACGUGGCAGCACUGAAGCACAGCUUGCCAAGACUCUUCAUUUUGACACGGUGAAGGAGAUUCAUCAAAGAUUCCAGAGCCUGAACUCCGAUAUCAAUAAACAUGGCACUUCCAGCAUCCUGAAGGUCGCCAACAGGCUAUAUGGGGAGAAAACUUACAAGUUCCUUCCAGAGUUCUUAGAUUUGACUCAAAAAUUUUAUGGGGGGGAUCUGGCACAUGUGGACUUCCAGUGUGCAUCCCCACAGGCCAGGCAAGUGAUCAAUGAGUGGGUCAAAGGACAGACAGAAGGGAAAAUCCCAGAACUGUUGACCACAGGGGUGGUGGACAGCAUGACCAAAUUGUUGCUGGUGAACGCCAUCUACUUCAAUGGGAAAUGGGAGAAGGAAUUCCCCAAACAGGCCACCCAUGAAGCUCCAUUCAAGGUGAAUAAGAAUGAAACCAAGAAGGUGAUGAUGAUGUAUCAAAGGAACAAAUUUACCGUGGGCUACAUCGAGGCCAUUACAGCAUAUGCGCUUCAGAUUUCCUUUUUAAAAGAUGAAUUUAGCAUGCUCAUCAUGCUGCCCGACAACAAUGAGGGCAUGACCACAGGCCUCCAAGAGAUAGAAAAGCAGAUGAACUUGGAGAACCUAAACGAGUGGACAAAGCCUGAGAACAUGCCAGUCAAGGUUGUCGAUGUCUACCUGCCAAGGUUCAAGCUGAAGGAGAUAUAUACCCUCAACUCCCACCUUGCACAUCUAGGGCUGACUCAGCUUUUUGAUCCCAGCCAGGCAGACUUGUCUGCCAUGUCAGAAGCCAGAGAUAUUUUCAUUUCCAAAAUUGUGCACAAAUCCUUCGUGGAGGUAAAUGAGGAGGGCACAAAAGUGAAGGCCUCCACAGCAGAUAAUGUUAACUUAUGCAUGAUGGAAUCAGGGGUAGAGUUCAAGUGUGACCGGCCCUUCCUCUUUCUCAUUCUUCACAACGUCUCCAAAAUGAUCAUCUUUAUGGGAAAGUGUACUUCUCCAUAA